CGGAGGGAGGCGGAGCUCGGCGCUGGGGCCAGCCGCGGAGGAGACGGGCUCGCCGGAGCGGUUCGCUGCAGCGGCGCCGUCGAUCCCUCCUGCCAGCGCCUGCCGCUCCUUCUCGUCGGUGCGCGGGAUCCUUAAAACUGUGCUAUGAAUGGUGAUUCUGGUGCAGCGGUGGUGACUUCACCACCUCCAACAACAGCCCCCCAUAAAGAGAGAUAUUUUGAUCGUGUUGAUGAAAAUAACCCGGAUUACUUGAGAGAGAGGAAUAUGGCACCUGACCUGCGCCAGGAUUUUAACAUGAUGGAACAGAAGAAGAGAGUCUCCAUGAUUCUUCAAAGCCCGGCUUUCUGUGAAGAAUUGGAAUCUAUGAUCCAGGAACAGUUUAAGAAAGGAAAGAACCCAACAGGCCUAUUGGCUUUACAGCAGAUUGCAGAUUUCAUGACAACAAAUGUACCAAAUGUCUACCCAGCAGCACCACAAGGCGGAAUGGCCGCCUUAAACAUGAGUCUUGGCAUGGUGACACCAGUGAAUGAUCUGAGAGGAUCAGAUUCAAUUGCUUAUGAAAAAGGGGAGAAGUUGUUACGAUGUAAACUGGCAGCUUUCUACAGAUUGGCAGAUCUCUUUGGCUGGUCUCAGCUUAUUUACAAUCAUAUAACAGCCAGAGUAAAUUCUGAGCAGGAACACUUCCUCAUUGUACCUUUUGGACUUCUCUAUAGUGAGGUUACUGCAUCCAGUCUGGUUAAAAUCAAUAUUCAAGGAGAUGUAGUUGAUCGUGGAAGCACUAAUUUGGGAGUAAACCAAGCUGGCUUUUCUUUGCACUCCGCAAUUUAUGCGGCUCGACCUGACGUUAAAUGCAUUGUGCAUAUUCAUACACCAGCAGGGGCAGCGGUAUCUGCAAUGAAGUGUGGUCUCUUGCCAAUUUCUCCUGAAGCACUUUCCCUAGGAGAAGUAGCUUAUCAUGACUACCAUGGUAUUUUAGUGGAUGAUGAAGAAAAAGUGCUCAUUCAGAAAAAUUUGGGACCUAAAAGCAAGGUCCUUAUUCUCAGAAACCAUGGCUUAGUAUCAGUUGGAGAGACUGUUGAAGAGGCUUUCUACUAUAUUCAUAAUCUAGUGCUUGCCUGCGAGAUUCAAGUACGCACUCUGGCCAGUGCAGGUGGACCUGAUAAUUUAGUCCUUUUAGAUCCUGGAAAGUAUAAAGCCAAGUCUCGUUCCCCUGAGUCUCCAGCAGGUGAGGGUACUGUAUCUCAUCCAAAAUGGCAGAUUGGCGAACAGGAAUUUGAAGCUCUUAUGCGAAUGCUUGAUAAUCUGGGUUACAGAACCGGCUAUCCAUACCGAUGCCCUGCUUUGAGAGAGAAAACUAAAAAGUACAGCGAUGUUGAGAUUCCAGCUAGUGUCACAGGUUACUCCUUUACUAGCGAUGGUGAAUCAGGCACUUGCUCCCCUCUCAGACACAGUUUUCAGAAACAGCAGCGAGAGAAGACAAGGUGGCUGAACUCUGGCCGAGGGGAUGAUGCUUCUGAAGAAGGGCAGAACGGCGGCAGCCCCAAGUCGAAGACUAAGGUGUGGACGAACAUUACACACGAUCACGUGAAACCCUUGCUGCAGUCUCUCUCGUCCGGUGUCUGCGUGCCAAGCUGUAUUACCAACUGCUUGUGGACUAAAGAGGAUGGACAUAGAACUGCCACCUCUGCUGUCCCUAACCUGUUUGUUCCAUUGAACACUAAUCCAAAGGAGGUCCAAGAAAUGAGGAACAAGAUCCGGGAGCAAAACUUACAAGAUAUUAAAACUGCAGGCCCUCAAUCACAGGUUCUUUCUGGGGUAGUUGUGGACAGGAGUCUUGUACAGGGAGAACUGGUGACUGCAUCAAAGGCGAUAAUUGAGAAAGAAUAUCAACCAAGAGUCAUAGUGAGCACAACCGGACCAAAUCCCUUCAAUAAACUCACUGAUCGAGAACUGGAGGAGUAUCGCAAAGAGGUAGAAAGAAAGCAGAAGGGGCCAGAAGAACCUUCAGAAGAUGGCAGACAACAGAAAGAGAGAAGUCCCCCUGAUCACAGCUCAGCUCGCACUCCCCCCAGUACACCGAUUAAAGUAGAGGAAGAGACACAGCCGGACCAGUCUUACAGAGAUGACAGUGAUGCUGCAACUUUCAAGCAAACCCUCCCAGAUCUCACCCCUGAUGAGCCUUCAGAAGCACUCGGCUUCCCUCCCGUGGGAAAGGAGGAAGGGAGAUGUGAUGAAGAUCUGCCCAAAAGCCAAAGUGAAUCACCUGCAGUGGAAAACAAAGAGCCCCUGUCUCAACCCACCGAAGAGCCAGUAACACCAACAGCUGAGGAAGGGACAGCAGCUGAUGCAGGUAGUGACGAAUCUCCAGGAAAGUCCCCAUCGAAAAAGAAAAAGAAGUUUCGCACUCCUUCCUUCCUGAAGAAGAACAAGAAGAAGAGUGACUCCUAAAGGCUAAACACACUGCAGAAACACUGUCAUGUUUUAAAAUUCAUUAACCACUAGAAUGUACCAGAUUGUACUGAGUGUUUUGUCUUACUAUGUGAAUGAAUGCAGCAAGUAAUCCAACCAGCCCCUCAAGUUAUAGCUUGAUUGUUUAAGAUUAUAACCAGAAAUCGAUGUGCAAAAAGGUGCUAACCCUGUGUUUUCAGCAGCUACCACUGACCUGAUCCCCAGUUUGUAAACAAAUGCAAAUGACUUCCACGUAGAAGGCAUUGGAUCACUGUUUUUAAUUUAAAGCCCACACUACUUUAGGUAAGAAUAAAAAUAUUUUUCACAAUUGAAAAUAUAACACAAAUUGCUUACCACUAGAAGUGUUCUUUUUCAAUGUUCUGGCAGUCACGAUUUCUUUUUAAAUAUUAAAUUUCAGAGAGGAGGCUUCUGCAAUGGUGUUUUCAGGGAGUGUAUUCUUGAACUGAGAUGUAAGCUGCUGCAAUCUUGUGCUUAUGGAUCAUGUUAUAGUAAAGCUUUGAGACUAUCCAUACUCUACCUUCCUCUCUUUCCCCUCCUUUCUGACUAUUGUAACAAAAUGAAAGUGUUUUUUCACUUUGUUUUAUUUUGUUAUAGCUGGCACUUGAAAUUAACUUUGUCCAGGAGGACUGAUAGCGAUGGUGUGUUCUGCUCAUAUUGUGCAUUGAAAGACCCCCCCCUCCUUUUUUUUUUCUCUCUAGUAAAUGCAGUUUAAGGGAAAUUGGUCUUAUGACCUUGCCUCCCUAAAAAUCAGUCACGGGUUAAUUUGGUGGUUAGGCUAAAAAGUAACUGUAUUAAAGUAUUUCAGAAGUUUUUCAGUUGAUGAGGUAAAGCACGGGCAGUUGCCUUAGGGCCUUAGCAUGGGUUUUACCCUUUUCAUGUACCCUUGGGUACAUACACAAACCUGUUGCGUAAAAACCUUAUUUGCAGCCUUUUGUGUUUAUUCCUGCCUAUGGUAAAAGUUUAAAUGCAUUAUGCUGAGUAUUUAACACUUUUUUUAAUUGAACUAUUUUCAUUUACAAAAACUGGUAUUUCUUGAUUUUGUUGCUAGCAGUGAAGUACUAAAAUCCCAACUAAACUUAAAGAUGCAUUUCCAGAGUUUGCUAUAAGUGUGUGUUUAAUAUGUAGCAUGGUAAAGAAAAUCGCUUUCACCACUGAUUUGUCCUUUUUCCAGUUAUUGCCAUGCUUUUGUCUAUCAUAAAAGUAAUUUUGUCUAAUCAUAAAAAUAAUUUCAAGAUCAGAUAGGUUAAAACCUGCCAGAAUUCUCCAAAAACCGUAAGUAACUCAUCUCAGCCAAAGGUGGAGAAAGCUGUUUGUCAUUUCAGAUUUCAAGUAUCACACAUUUCUGGUUGUAACAGCAGAAAACAUUUAAAAACUCCUGUAUGGGGGAGGGAAACACCUUUGACUCACAGUAAGUGUCUAUAACAAAACAGACUAUGGAUGUAACCUUUUAGGACAAUAGUAAACAUUGCAAUUGGUAAAACAGCAGAAAACUAAUGCCUUACAACUCAUGCGGUGGAAAGCAUCAAGUAACAGGAGGGUUCAGCAGUUGGCUGGAUCGGGAAGGCCUACAUUAGGCCUCAGGCGUGGUGAUGCCCUGGACUGGUCUCAGACAGUGAAGGGGAAAGAGCUGAAAUGACAGUUAGAGCUGUUGGGCUUCAAAGGAGAAAAGAGGUUCAGCAGUGGUAAUUAAUACCGUGAGACCCUCGCCUGGUUUGGAGUGGGGAGAGGUAGGGUGGAACUAGAAGCAGCAGUUAAACCACUGUGUAAGAGAGACCCCUAAACAGUAAUGUUUAGCAAGGACUGCAUGGCACUAAUGGCUUUGAGCUUGUAUUUUAACCUUGUAUGUCCUCUGUACACUAGGAAGCAUACAAUACUUAUUUUGCUAAAUUGUGUUUUAUUGCCAGGGUCGUAAUUAAAUUACUAAUUGCUAUAUGUUUCAGUUCAUUAAUGGAAUCCUUCCAUUUAUCUUGAUCACAUAUGCAAUGAUUUUUAAUUUCUAAUUUUGUAGUUUGUUCUUUCAUAUUGUAAUACAAGGAAUUAAAAAUGUAGUUAUGUAUGGUAUGGUUACACACUUUGGGGCAAAAUAAAGUCCUGUAUUUUUCUUUCUUGUAUCAUUAAGUUCUACUCACAAAUAAAACUCUUUAAAAAAGGGUUUUUUUCCUCCUCUGCUUUCAGAGCUCGUGUACAGUUUUAUUCUACAGGUAUAGCCCUGAACGUUGAAUUAGCUCUAUUUUCUUUUAAUGACCCAUUAAUGUAUUGGUUGAUUAAUAAUUAAUUCCACAUUGUCUUGCUAAACAAGUAAAAUAAACUGGUCAGUGUUGCACUUUC